AUGGGUGAACGAGUAAUCGGUUUCUGUGAUCUGGAGCUCGAUCCUAACAUAUUUCCGAAGAAGUACAAAUUCAAAACUGAACCACCGAAUUUUCCUCUUGAGGGCUUGCGAUAUUUGGGACUCAUUUCAAUGAUCGAUCCUCCACGACCGGCUGUACCUCACGCUGUCAAUCUCUGUCAAUCAGCUGGCAUAAAGAUUGUAAUGGUAACAGGCGAUCAUCCACUCACUGCCGAAGCGAUCGCUCGACAAAUCAAUAUCAUCACAGCGGACAGUGUUGCUUCAAAAUUAAUAAGUGAUAGCGACAAGUUGGAGCGUAACGAAGAAAACAAGGAACAAACAGAUAAGGAUCUGGGGAAAUGUCGAGCGAUGGUUGUUCAUGGUGAGCAGCUCAAAAAACUGACGUCUAGCGAGCUGGAUUACAUCGUGAAGCAUUUCUCAUGCAUAGUUUUUGCGCGAACUUCGCCGACGCAGAAACUGCAAAUUGUGGAAGCAUUCCAACAUGGCGGACAAAUUGUAGCUGUCACUGGAGAUGGUGUUAACGAUGCACCAGCGCUUAGAAAAGCCGAUAUCGGUGUUGCAAUGGGUAUUGCGGGCACGGAUGUUUCGAAGGAAGCGGCUGAUAUGAUUCUUUUGGAUGAUAAUUUCGCUUCAAUAGUCACGGGAGUUGAAGAGGGCCGAAUCAUUUUCGACAAUUUGAAAAAAUCAAUCGCCUACACGCUCACCUCUAAUAUUCCUGAAAUUACGCCUUUCUUGACAUAUAUUUUACUUGGCAUUCCGCUUCCGAUG